AGCUCUGCUUCUUCAGCCCCCCAUCGAAGCUCCCACGACGCUCGAAGGCGCAUCCAUGGCUUCCGCGCCGCCCCAGCGAUCCCACGGCCACCACCGCCCGGCCCGCACCCAGAUGCGCUUCGUUCCCAAAUCCAACUCCUCCGCUUCCUCUGCCGCCGUCUCCGAUCACCCCAAACCCACUCCGCCGCUCACCACCUCCUUUCGCGGCUCCACUCCUCCGACAACCCGAUCUAGAGACCAAGCGAAGCUUAUAGAUAGUGGCGGACUUAGCUUCGUGAACUACUUGCCUCAGGACGAGGCCGUGGCCUCAGGUCUUGGCGCUGGUGAUGGCGGCGUCGACGCCGAGGAGUCGCAGAGGGUCGUCGACAUCCUCAACGAAGAGCUUUCUCAGCUUCUUAAGAUGACCCCUAGGGAUUUCUGGCGAGAAGUGGCGAGGAACGAGUCUUUGCAUGAGUUUUUGGAUAGCUAUCUUCAGUUCAGGCAUAGAUGGUAUGACUUGCCACACCGUGGAGCUAAAGGGAUGGUCGCUGGGGUUGUUGUUGGUGAGCUUGAGCUUUGCCGCCGUGUAUUCAUGGUCCUAUAUCGAAUAUCCUCCAACAAAGAUCCUGGAGUGAAGGCCAGUGAUGGCCUCAGUGCGAAAGAGCACACAGCUCUUUUGCAGGAAAAGAAGCUACUUGACUUACCGAAGUUGUUGGAUAUAUGUGCCAUCUAUGGGCAUGAAAAUAGAGAGCUGACAGGCUUAUUGGUAGCAAAUGCAUUGAAGGCGCAAUUGGCACUUACUGAUAAUAUUUCUUCAGUGGUGGCACAUCUCCUAGACAUCAUUCUGACGAUGCAUCAGCGGUGUGACUCCUCACUGGAGGUCUUACUCUCUGCUGGAGGACAUGAAUAUCAUGGACUUGAACAACUUUAUAAAGAUUUCCUAGAGGUAAUCGACUUCAUAAAUGAUGCAGUUGCUACUUUAGACGCUUUUGUUGAAGCAUACAGGCCUGCAGCUAUGUACUUUGCUAACUCAUUUGAAUUGAGUUCUGGAAAUGAGGAACUACUCAAGAUCCUUGCAAGAGUGCAUGAUUUAUUGCUGCCUUCUUUAGUCCGAGGUUUCAUGGUUAUUAAUGCUAGCGCUGAUGCUGAUGCUAUUCUGAGUUUAAAAAUGUUGUCUUUCAGAAUUGUGAAGUUUGGUUGGAAGUUAUUGGAAUUUUGCUAUUUGAGCAAUGAAAUAUUAGAAGAUAGUGUCCUGGCCACCUCUGCCAAAAUGUUUCCUGGCCAAGUUGAGGAUCCUGUUAUAAGGGGAGAUAUUUUAGUUCAAACCCUCAAAGAGAUCAAUGAGGAAGUUUCUUAUCAUAUUCAGGAGAACCAUGUUACUGUAUCAUUUCUGCAGAAUCUUGAAAAAACUUAUAGCUUAUUGAGCCAAAUCACUAGCCUUCGUGCCAGUGGAUGGAUCUUUGUUGAUGAGGGCCAAUUUCAAUAUAUAUCUCACAUUGUGACACCACCUCCUUUGAAGUCUUUGGAGAAAGAAGUUGGUUUUCCAGUCACCUCAGGGAAUGAUAAGUCACAUAUGGAUGAAGAUGCAGUCAUUCUCGAGUCUAAAAUCAGUCAAAUAAAGGACCUUUUCCCUGAAUAUGGGAAAGGUUUUCUCUCAGCUUGUCUUGAAGUCUAUAACCAAAAUCCUGAGGAGGUGAUUCAAAGGAUAUUAGAGGGUACCCUUCAUGAUGAUCUCUUAUCUCUUGAUACUUCACUUGAGCAGAUUCCACCACCAAAGUCAGCAGCCAAAGAAAAGAAUGAUAAGGGAAAAGGAGUGCUAGUAGAACCUGCAAUUGGAAGUAGUUCCUUGCCAACUAAAGGUGGUUAUUUGGCAGUAAGGAAAGACAUUGAUGGCCCUUCAACUGCCUCCUUUCCAUCUUCACAUGGACGCUACACAAGGAAGUCCAACAAUGAAGUUAUUGAAUCUGAAGUUUUGGACUCGAGAACUGCUAAAGAUGCAGUGAGGUCUGCUGUUCUUGCAGCAGAAUAUGAAUAUGAAGAUGAAUAUGAUGAUUCUUUUGAUGAUCUUGGCCUCAGUGUUGUUGAAUCAGGAUUUGAAGAAACAGAGAACUUGAGUGAUGGCAGUCCUUUGGCAGGGAAAUCGUGGGGGACUGAGAGUGAGCCUCCAUCACGAAAUUCUACUUCAAGGUGGGCUUCACAAAAGAAGCCACAGUUCUAUGUUAAAGAUGGAAAGAACUACAGCUACAAGGUCUCCGGUUCUGUUGCUGUAUCUAAUACUCAAGAAGCAGCUUUAGUUAAUCAAGCACAGAAAGAAAUUAUUCAUGGCUUGGGCCGAGGUGGAAAUUUACCUCUUGGCGCUGUCAGAAGAUUGAUGGAUGCAGAGGAGCAGGAUCACCAGGCAUCUGAUGCUGUGGAAAAUACAGGACGAGGGAACCCAAAUCCUCGGGGAAGGGGAGGGCGAAGAGGCGGUGGAAAUCAUUACAGGAAAGAUCGAGCAAUGAAAAAGCAUUUUUCAUCUGUCAGUGGUAUUUAGAAAUAUUACUGUAAAAACUGUAAAUGGCUAUGAGAGAGUUCUGUACAUAUGGGACUGCGACGAUGCCAAUCGCAUUUGAAUUUCCAAACAAGCGCCCUUCCGGUGACUAAUUCGUCUGUUUUGUCAAUCAGAUAGAAGAGGAGAUAGGCAGUGUAGCUGAUACUCAGGGUGGGAGAAAUUGAUCUUCUUCAGCAAAGAGUCACCCAUUUGUUUGUCACAAAUAGCAGGGAUUUAUAUGAAGUUGGUGCUCAUUUUUUAAGUUUUUUCUUUUUUGAAAUUGUUAUGAAGUUAAUUAAAUUAAAGAAGGCUGAGGAUGAAACUUUCAGUACAGUACUAGCAUAAGAACUUUUUUGAUGAUUUUCCAACAACUUUUAUAUUUCAAGAAUCCAAAAUUAAAAAUGCUUCUAAAUGGAUGGAUUAGUUACUCUUGUCAGAAGUUUGUGCCUUGAAUACUGGUUUCUUUAUUUGUAUUUUUUGAACAUGUAACCAAAGUUAUCAAUU